AUGAAAAAGCAAUCAAGUGAGGAACUAAAGGCCCCAAACUUUCCUUUCACACUGAUGAGACCCUCGAAUCUGCCUUGCGGAACGGAGGCGUUUCAUGUUCGCCUUUUCGCCGGAAAGAGCUACACAAAGUUCCUCAUCCAGGCUCAUUUUUCGCUUCCAGCCACAAGCGUCCAGCGGCACCUCGCCGACCUUGACAUAGAGAAGAUGAGGAGGCGUUGGUUGUUGUGGUGUUUCACCUGCGGAGCACGUGGGGACGAGGACGAGUCUCAUGUGGCACGACGCAACAAGAAGAAAUGUUGGUUACUUCGGUUGUUUGCUGGAAAAGGAAAGAAUCAGAGCCACCCACAGGAGAUUCCGAAUCCUCGAAUUCAGAACUACGGGUCUCAGGGUGAAACUGCCCACUGGAAUGCGACAAGGACGCGACCAACAAGUACACAACAGACCAGGUGCGAGGCGAGCCAACAAUAUCUAAGAAGGGAGCCUGAGACUCAACGUCCCCGACCUCAGUAUUCCUUGAAGCACCGUCUGAAUGGUCUUGCUAAGGCAUUGAAUUCAAUGAAGGUGUCUGCCAAUCAUGUUUUGUUUGAGCUUGAGCAACAGACAGAAGUCAAAGAUGGUGGGAUCAAUGGAAUAGGGUCCAACCGAAAGGUAGAGAUCCCAGUGGGAGAAACAAAGGACCGGCAUGUUCUGAAUUUACUCAAGUGA